UCAUGGCUGAUGAUGAUUCUGAUGAAUAUCAUUCAGAUGAUGCAGAUAGAUCAAAUAAUUACUUUCACCGUCAGGGGUCCUUGGAAUCUGAGUUUAUCUGUGGUUGCUGUUCGGACCUCCUUGUCCAGCCAACUACAUUGACCUGUGGUCACAGCUUCUGUCGACUCUGCCUAGCACAGUGGUUCACUCAGUCCAGAAAGAGAACAUGUCCCCUAUGUCAGCAGCCAUAUGUAGGAAGUCCCAGUGUUAACAUCACAAUCAAAAAUCUUAUUGAAAAGUCCUAUUCACACAAAUUAAGAGAGAGGGAAGUUGAGGUGUACACUCUAGACAAUGAAAAUUUGAUAAAGUCUUUCGAAGAGAACAGACAAGCAGCACCUCGACGCAUUGUUCAAGGGAAUAAUAAUGUGCAAAUUCGAGAUUUUUGCUCAGGAAUAUUGGUUAUGGGUGGAGUGAUAUUGCUUGUCUACCUCGUGAUGUACUGGAAAAGUGUAGGCUCUGACCUGCUCAUUCACAAACCCCCAGCUCGAUGGGGUACAGAGGAUGUUGUGCAAUGGUUAUCUGACCUUGGGUCAUGGACAGAAGGUUAUCGGGAAACAGCUAGACUUAAUGGAAUAGAUGGAAGACUUCUGCUAGCUGUAGACCAUGCAAGCCUGCAGUCAAGUUUGAAUGUAACCAAUGAUCUACAUAUUAAAGCCAUUUCCACUGCAAUUCAGCAGUUGAAGGAUUUUAAUAUGAAGCUGCCUGCUUCUCUUUGGGAGUACAAGGCUCUGAAUCCUGGUCGCUCUCUCUUCCUUGUGUAUGGGAUCAAAGACUUUCCAAGGACCACAAUGCUCUACAUCUAUCUGUUUGAAUACGAUGAAAUAUUUUUGCCAUUCCUUCAUUCUACAUUCCCAGAGAAUACGGAUAUACCCAUCAUUCACAUGUUUGAUGAUCCAAGUCGUAGACAAGAGAUUGAGUUUUGGUCAACGUUUGCUGUCCUUCCAUACUGGGUUAUUACCAAAUUUUGUUGGUCGUGGUUUGAUGUACAUUUCUGGAUAUCCAUGCUAAUGUUCUUCAAUUGUGCUACUUUAACUUUUAUUGAAGCUAUAACUUUCAAAAAGUCAUUCCCAAUUCGAAAACAAAAUUGUUUAGCCAGUCUUAAGAGUUACGGUAAAGGCUUACUGUCAAUGGUAUUCUUUGUUGUGAUUUGGCCGGUCGUACCAUCACUUGUCUGUGACUUUCUCUUCUAUUCAGUUCUGUUUUUCACCCCUUACCACAACGUAGAUAAAAUACGAAAAGAACUGAGGUAGAAAAGUACAACCAUAACGUUGCAGUUGACUACUUUUGAAUCAUUUUUUGAAGUACAGGACGAUUCUAUUUUUUGUUUAAAUUUUCUCUGUUUAUCUUUUUAACAACACGUCAUACCAUAAUGGCCUUAUAUUCCUUCUUUUCUUGAUUUGAUGUUUCAAGAAGCUUUGUAUGUAAAUACUUUGGGAUUUGCCUCUUUUAUUUGUAUCAAGACAUAUAAGACAUAAAAAUAUUAUUUAAAGGUAUGGAAUC